GCACCGAUCCCCAAGGUUUCGAUCACAUAACUUCGCAGCUUGCUCCGGGGUGAUCCUAGGCUCUGAUAAAUCCCUAUUAUCAACCUAUUCAAGCUCAAUUGCAAUCAAUACCAGACACCGAGAAACAAACGUAGACUCUUUGCUGUGACUUCGGACCAAACAUACCUGACAACUAUUCAUAGAAUGCCAUUAAUGGAGUCAAAAGAUGCCAUCAAACUUCUGAAUUCUUGAGCUGAUGAUGGGAAUUAGAUCUAUUGAUCCAAUCUUAAGAAUCUACCUUAGCUCUGUUUUGCUUGCCGCCGAAAAAUAAGCGAUUCAAGCUCGUCCGUCCGAUCUCCAAUCUUCAAGUUCCGACCCAACCUAAACGCUUUCAGCAUAUGAAACCCAUUUCAAUGUGGAGAAAAUCUUUCACUUCAUCUUGUAGAAAAUCGAUCAAACUCAAACCCGAUGGCCAUGGCGCCGUCGGUACUCCACCUCUUCAAUCCAACGCAGCCCCAUUUCCUCGGAGUGAAUUGAAUGCCCACCAAUUGUUCGACAAAACGCCUCACUUAAACGUAAUUUCAGCAACCGUCGAGAUUGGGCGUUGCGCAAGGCAACACCAACACGAAGAGGCAUUAUAUCUCUUUUCUGCAAUGUUAAUGUUAAAUUUAAGGCCCAACGAGUUCACUUUUGGAACUGUGAUUCACUCUGCAACUGCACUUGGAGACAUUGAUAUUGGCAAGCAACUUCAUGUAUGUGCCUUAAAAACAGGCCUUCAUUCUAAUGUGUUUGUUGGUAGUGCACUUUUGCAUUUGUAUGUCAAGUUGAGUGUCAUUGAGGAAGCUCAAAAAGCUUUUGAUGAUAUCAAGAUGCCAAAUGUGGUUUCUUACACUAGUUUGAUCUCUGGGUACUUGAAAAUGGAGAGGAUUCAUGAUGCUCUCCGAGUGUUUGAUAAAAUGCCCGAGCGAAACAUCGUGUCGUGGAAUGCGAUGAUUGGUGGGUUUAGUCAAAAGGGACACAAUGAGGAUGCUGUGCACUUGUUCAUUGAUAUGCUUAGAGAAGGGUUUUUGCCUACUCAAUCUACUUUUCCUUGUGCUAUAUGUGCUGCUGCUAAUAUAGCAUCCAUUGGGAUAGGGAGGAGUUUUCAUGCCUGUGCUGUCAAGUUCUUGGGCAAGCUUGACGUGUUUGUUAGCAAUUCGCUUAUUAGCUUUUAUGCAAAAUGUGGAAGUAUGGAAGAUAGUUUGUUGGUUUUCAAUAAAUUACUUGAUGAAAGGAACAUAGUUUCAUGGAAUGCUGUCCUUUGUGGUUAUGCUCAAAAUGGUAGGGGAAAGGAAGCUAUAGAUUUCUAUCAAAGAAUGAUUUUUGCAGGCUGCAAACCGAAUGGUGUGACACUUCUUAGCUUGUUAUGGGCUUGUAAUCAUGCUGGCUUGGUUGAUGAAGGUUAUGCGUACUUCAAUCAAGCGAGACUUAAUAACCCCAACCUACUAAAACCUGAGCAUUAUGCUUGUAUGGUUGAUUUGCUCUCACGUUCGGGUCAGUUUAGACGAGCAAAGGAAUUUAUACACGACCUACCGUUUGAUCCAGGAAUCGGGUUUUGGAAAGCAUUGCUUGGCGGUUGUCAAAUUCACUCAAAUGUGGAACUGGGGGAGCUUGCAGCUCAAAAAAUCCUAGCCUUGGAUCCAGGUGAUGUCUCGUCAUAUGUAAUGAUGUCGAAUGCGCAUUCUGCAGCCGGGAAAUGGCAAAACGUAUCAAUAUUAAGGAGGAAAAUGAAGGAGAAAGGGUUAAAGAGAAUUCCAGGUUGCAGUUGGAUUGAUGUUAGAAGCAAAGUUCAUAUAUUUGUUACUAGUGAUAAGAAUCACCGCCAAAAGGAUGAAAUUUAUGUUGCCUUGAGGUUCUUUGUUGAGCACUUGAAAGAAAGUGAAGAUUUCAACUUUCUUUCAGAUUCAUAAUUCACAAUCUAUUAUUAAUUAAGUUAAUGUUAAACUUAA